ACAUUCAACAAGAGGUGUGUGUUUAUAGAUACUUGUGAACGGCAAAACUUCAUGAGGUAACAUCAGAUUUUUCCAUUUUUGUUCUCGCUGUGAACAUCAACUGACUACUAUCCUUCAUAUUACACAUAUUUAUUGCUUAUUGUUUAUUCAAACAAGGAGCUUUUAUGAUAAAAGCGUCUUGAUUCUAACGAUCUUCAAUAGUGAGUACAAUGUGAAUAUUAUGCAUUGUCUUCCGGGAGUCAUUAGACAAACACGUUACAUGAAACAACACAUCUGCGUCCUUACCAAGCGUUUAAAGACCUAAUCUUUUAAAGUUCUUGUUACUGUCAUAUCACGAUGAUUGUGUGUUUUUUUUUCCAGAUAUUUCUCCUGACAACAACUUAAAUCUAAGUGAUCAGCGAUGUCUUCACCCCGCAGUGAUGUUUCCGUGCUCAUUCCGUUCUCCGAGGAAGACAAAGACAUGGCAGAAAUCCUGCGUCAAUGCCCAACAGUACAGGUGUCAGAGGUGAUCUUCAACAAUAUUGAAGAAAAAGAGACACUCUUGGACUAUGUACAACGACUUAAGAAGCUGGUUGUUGACCACAACAUCAACAUCAUUGUCCCCACGACUUCCGACGUGUGUACGUUCGCACACGCCGCCAUUGCCAGGGACUUCCCGCACAUCCCCGGGCCCAGUGUUGAGUCCUGCUACCUGGCUUUCCACAAAGCCUACUCACGGCAGUACCUGGACCCGACUGAAAACCCACCCCCCUACGAUGUAGUGGACAUGGAUUCACCAACCAUACUGGAGGAUGCACAGGGGGCCUUGGAGAAAGUCGGUCUGCCAGCAUUUGUGAAGCCUGCAGCAGCGUAUGGUACGUUCGGCGUGGCCAAGGUGGAAAACUACGAAGACAUGAAGCUUGCCCUGCAGAACCUACGGACAGUGCGGGAUGAACAUCCUGACUUCCUGGCAUCACCAAGCGCUGCUUUUUUCAAGGAUUAUUUCAAGCAAUAUCUGGACGUGGAAAAGUACCCACUGGCCCUUCGAGAUGUUGUGAUUGUGGAGCCUUACUUGGAUGCAGUGGCCCUCUAUACUGUGGAUGGAUGCAUUGUGGACAAAGAGAUUGUGCACUGGACAAUCACAGACGAGCUCCGUUUUGACCACCAAGAGGCCAAGUUCAUGACCGUGAUCGCUCCCACCUCCGAGCCAGAGGACGUACAGAAGAGGAUCUGGGACGUUUAUGACGCCGUCAUGGCCAGGAUGGUCCAGUUUGGGUUCAACAACUGCUUUACAAACAUCGAAGUCUUCAGGAUGAAGGAUGGACAGCUGAAGCUGUGUGAGGUAAAUGCCAGGGGAUCCUUGCAACUCCAAGGCUGCUACAGAGAGUGUUACGAGAACGCUAACCAGGACUAUGUGUACCUGACUGCUGGCCGCGGUAUCAAGUACGUCACACCACCCCUGACAGGAAGGUGGGCCAGUGCCUACCAUGUGAAGUUCGACAACCUGGAAAGGCCAGGCAAUCUGAUGGACUUCGAUCAGAUUGAAAAGCUGAAGUCGGAUCCGGACGUGUUGUUUACCCUGACCGUCGGUCCUGACGAUGACGUCACCAACUUUACUUGCAACGCCGGAUGGUAUUUCUGUAAGCUGUUCACCUACGGUAACUCCAGGGAAGCCAUGAUCAGGAAGCUUGUUGAUGUGCUCAAACUAGUGGUUAAGAAGCCAGAACGGCUGACGUAUCCAGUACACUAUGGAAUGUAAGGGCUAGGGUAACCAAACUAGUGGUUUCCAGUAUCCAGUGCACUAUGGAAUGUAAGGGAUAGGGUAACCAAACUAGUGGUUUCCAGUAUCCAGUACACUAUGGAAUGUAAGGGCUAGGGUAACCAAACUAGUGGUUUCCAGUAUCCAGUACACUAUGGGAUGUAAGGGCUAGGGUAACCAAACUAGUGGU